AAUGAGGAAGUUCACAGCCGAGCUAGUCGCAGCUUCCUUUUACAGCUUUUGGAGGCAGAGGAUGAACAAGUGAAAGAAAGGACUUAAAAGUAUGCACCAUGAAACAAUGAAAAUAACCAGGAAGAAAAACUGAGUCUACUUUCAUUUGCUGGAAUAUAGUUGGAGAGCAGAUGCAAAACUCUUGAGCUCAGGCUUGUGGGUGAGAAGCAGGAUGCCAAGUUAUCAACCUUGGUGCCAUGGUACUAUAACUCGAUCCCAAGCUGAGGCUCUACUUUCCAAAGCAGCAAGAGAUGGAAGCUUCCUUAUCCGGGCCAGUGAGUCCAUACAGGGAGCGUAUGCCCUCUGUGUUUUAUACCAGAACUGUGUAUACACAUACAGAAUCCUGCCAAAUGAGGAUAAGAAGCUCUCUGUCCAGGCAUCUGAAGGAGUCCCUAACAUGUUCUUCUCCAUGCUGCCUGAGCUGGUGGAGGCAUAUUACAGUCCUAACAUGGGUCUGGUCACACAUCUGCAGUACCCUGUCCAGAGGGAGGAGGAUGUAGACGAGGAGCAAGAAGCCACUAAUUUUCCACCGCAGCUUCCACCCAGGAACUUCACAGUCAAUGAUGUGAAAGACAGUGACCCCAAGUCCUUAUCAGACACCUACUUGAUGAGACUGCAGCAGAUGGACUUGUCCACACUACCAGAGGAACACCAAACAGCUAUCCAAGAAUACUUCAGGACCUCAGUCAGCCUGGAUGCUGAACAAGCACAAUAUGGUUACCCUAACCUCCCCGGGCUACAGAAGCUACUAUCGGCAAUCUGCAAGAAUCUAAACAGUGAGAUUUCCCGCAUCCUGCCAGCUUUGGAGGUCUUUCAUAGAGCAUUGGACCAGCAACUCUCCCCAGGGAUUGGACAGUUUUCAAAACAAAUUUCAGGUGAUUCAGGUCAAUCUGUAUCCUUUAGGCUUGAGCAACUAACAAAACUGCUCUACUCAAUAGAAGAUAAGGCUAAAAGCUCCAUAUUUGAGUCUGGUGGAUGUGAAGGAGGUCAAAGGAAAUCGCUCAUUCCGCUUGUUACGUUUGAGGUCAAGCAAGAAUCUCUGGCUAUUCCCACAAAGAUGUUCCUGAAAGUAGAUGUUGAAAGUGGGAAGCUCUUUCUCAAGAAGUCGAGAGAUGGGCCUGAAGACAAAUUCUUUGUGCACAACAAAAUCCUGCAGUUGGUGAAAUCCCAGAAGAUGCACGCCAAACUGGUCAUCGUGGCGGAGACAGAGAAAGAGAAGAUUUUGCGUAAAGAGUUUGUGUUUGAUGACACAAAGAAAAGGGAAGGGUUUUGCCAACUUCUUCAACAAAUGAAGAACAAACACACUGAAAAGCCUGAACCUGACAUGAUCACAGUGUUUGUUGGCACGUGGAACAUGGGAAAUGCCGGUCCUCCUCACAACAUCAACUCCUGGUUUCAGUGUAAGGGCCAAGGGAAGACACGAGACGACACCGCCGAUCACAUCCCGCAUGAUUUUUACGUCAUCGGGACUCAGGAGGAUCCUUUGGGCGAGCGGGAGUGGGCAGACAUAGUGAAAGGUGCCCUGCGGAAAAUCACAAACAUCAGCUUUAAACAAGUGGCGAUCCACACUCUGUGGAACAUUCGGAUCGUGGUGCUGGCCAAGCCUGAGCACGAAAACAGGAUCUCCCACGUUUUUUCAGACAGUGUGAAGACGGGGAUCGCCAACACUCUGGGAAACAAGGGAGCAGUGGGAGUGUCCUUCAUGUUCAACGGGACAUCUUUUGGCUUUGUCAACAGUCACCUGACUUCUGGAAGUGAGAAGAAGCUCAGACGUAAUCAAAACUACACCAACAUCCUGCGAUUUCUGAAUCUGGGCGAUAAGAAGAUCAAUCCGUUUGACAUCACGCAUCGGUUCACCCACCUCUUCUGGCUCGGGGAUUUGAACUACCGCGUUGAGUUCCCUUCCACAGAAGCCGAGUACAUUGUGACAAAGAUCAAACAGCAGCAGUACCAGGAACUCCUCAGCAAAGACCAGCUCAACAUGGAGAGGAACGAUGGAAAGGUCUUCUUGCAUUUCGAUGAAGAGGAAAUCACGUUUGCGCCCACGUAUCGCUUUGAAAGAGACACGCGAGAGAAGUAUGCCUACACAAAGGCCAAAGCCACGGGGACAAAAUACAACUUGCCCUCAUGGUGUGACCGUGUCCUGCGGAAGUCGUACCCUCUGGUUCAUGUUGCCUGCCAAGCAUAUGGGUGCACUAAUGACAUCAUGACAAGUGACCACUCACCAUUAUUUGCUUCAUUUGAAGUUGGAGUAGCCUCACAGUUUGUCUCCAAGCAAGACUUAAAUAGUGCACCUCAGGGUGGGAUACAGAUCAUGAACUGUGUGGCCACCUUGUUGACAAAAUCAAAGACCAAGUUCUUCAUCGAAUACCAUUCCAGCUGCUUGGAGAAAACAGUCAAGACAUCCGAGGGAGACAACACGGAGCACUCAGAUGGGUCAAUAAAAGUUUGGUUUGGCAACCAAGUCGAGCUCACCCCUAUCAUCUCUGACCCAGAGUACCUUUUGGACCAGCACAUCCUCAUCUGUGUGAAGUCGACAGACUGCGACGAGUCAUAUGGAGAGGGCUGUGUUGCGCUGCGAGCGGCCCAGUUCUGCUACACCGAGUUCCAGAUCACACUGACUCAUCACGGAGAGAAGACAGGCACUUUGACAGGAGGCAUUCAGUUACACACCUCUGAGGGCAAGCCCACUGAGAAGUUAUACGAUUUCAUCAAAGUCGAAAAGGAUGACACUGUCACUUCAAAAUGCAAAGGCAGUGAGGCCAACAAGUGUUCCGUCACCCAGGCACAUGAUAUUUCUAACCCCAGUUACAUGGGAGUGUGCUACAGAAGUGGCAAUGUGAUAGAUAAAGGUUGGAGUUACAGCAAGCCUCCGAAAAAUCUUCCACUCGCCGGACAAGGGAGUAAAGACAGCAAGAAGGGUGGCUAUGAUGUGGGCGCACGCAGUCCCCCUAUGGGUGAGGAUGAAAGGGGGUCAGAGAUGUUUGAUAAUCCGUUAUACGGUUCAAGGGUAAAAUCCUGGGGCAAGGAUCCAGACCAUCAGCAGAUGGACCACCUCACACCUCCGGACCCCGUUUUUACAAGCUCCAAACCAGCAGAUGGAGACUCUGAUCGCCCCCCGCUGCCCACCCCACGCAACCGCUCCUUCACCCUCUCUGAGACUAGGCCUCAGCCCACAGCCCCCAUCACCUCGCAUCCCUCAACAUACAAGAAACCAGUGGUGCCGUCACGCUCAGAUGGGGGGAUGGCACUCAGCCGGCCUCCUGUACCUUCUAAGUCCCGGCCGGGCAUGCCGGAGCCCCAGAACCCCAGGGACAACUCUGAACUCCCCAGCAAACACAGACCACCAGCAAGACCUGGCCAGCUACAGCCCCCACAAAGACAUGCAUCCUGACGAUGAUGAAGAUGGCCGACCUGUGAAGUGAGACCAGGCUGCAGCCGUGGUCAGCAUGACUGGACAGCUUUCUGCUCUGCAUUAUUGGAAACAUUAAAUACAUAAAUGCCUCAGCUAGUCAAGUCCAAUUCAUUGGUGCUGUAACAAAAAUGCCUUCUCUAAAAUGUCAAAUUUUUCAUUUAAAGUGAUAUAAACAUUUUUAGACUUUUUUAGAUUUUAGAUUUUCUGCUCGCAUUGAGAGGUUGGUUUGGAAUUAAACUCUGCUUAUGAAUACAGAUGUGUUACAUUUGAUUUUUUUUACACUAUACAGUACCUAACGAAUGUUUAGUGCACAGUAUUGUCUUACAUGUUUUCCAUUAAUAUG